AUGAAUGUUAAUACAAUGAUGAAUUAUGCAAAUAUCAUCAGUUCAUCAAUAAAAACCCCAAUGUUGCUUCCAGAGUAUUAUGAUAAAUGUGUUGAUCGAAUGGAAGAUUACCUAAAUGGAAUAGAUGAUGAUCUAUGUCAUCCAAUCAGAGAUGGUCCAUUUUGUGCAAAUACAGUUGAAGAUGUUGGUACUGCUACUCAUGAUGAUAUUUUUAUUGUAACACGAUUGAAGAAAGAAGUGAAUGAUAAAAGAUGUAUUCGUGAACUGCGAGGAGAUUUACCUCUAGGAUUUUACAAUUACAUAUGUGGGUGUAAAUCACCACGGGUGAUCUGGAACACAUUGAACGAGACGUUUCAAGGCAACGAACGAACAUAA